AUAAUCUUCACAGAACAAACAGGUGAAGCAGGCAGCAUCAUUCAGUAAAUCUAGAUUUUUUUUUUUGAAAAAUAGGUAGUUAGGAGAAUCUCUCUACGGGCAUCAUAGAUUAUUUGGAAGUGGACAAAAUUUGGACCUUAUUUACGACUCAACUUUACUAAAUAGUUCAGAUAUUUCGAUACCAGGAUUUGCUUUUGCUGUCAAGGGCGGUCGAAGCAUCGGUUUCAGAAUGUGUUCGGGCAGCUUUGCUAAAUGUCUGGGCAUCACCCUGAUGCCUCUGGCGAUAGUGUGCGUGCUGUGCAACAUCCUGCUCUUCUUUCCUAGUGGAAAAGUUGUGAAAAAUAAUCAGAUCACAGAAGAGGUUUGGUACUUUGGAGGCAUCCUGGGAUCAGGUGUGCUGAUGAUCUUCCCAGCUCUGGUCUUUUUGGGUUUGAAAAACAACGACUGCUGCGGUUGCUGUGGAAACGAAAGCUGUGGCCGGAGAUUCGCGAUGCUAAGCUCUAUACUGUUCGCAGCUGUUGGUGUGUUGGGCGCAGGUUACUCAGUUGUAGUCUCAGCCGUGGCUAUCAACAGAGGACCAAUGUGUUUAAACAGCACUUACCCCGACGCAGCAGGAACUUACCCAUUUGAGAAUGGGAAUUACCUGUCAAAUAAAACAAUUUGGACAAAAUGUGAAAAGCCAGAUAAUUUGGUAACCUGGCACCUGUCCCUGUUCUCUGUGAUCCUGGCGAUGGGAUUAAUCCAGAUCGUUCUAUGUGCGGUCCAGGUGAUAAAUGGCCUGCUGGGAGCUCUGUGUGGAGACUGUGGCUGCUGUGGAGGGAGUGAUGGAGCUGUAUAAGCAUAUCCUGGGGAUAAGGCCAGAUGGUUGUCCCAGAUCUAAUCUCCUUGCUGAUCAUUACUUGUAUGCACUAAUUGAACCACUGCAAAAAUAGGUUUUUUAACAGGAGCUCAUUGAUUACAGUGUAUGAUCUUAAAACACUGCAGAAAUGACAGAGCUCUUUAUAGGUUUUUGUUGUGUUUACUUGCAACUAUUAUGACUGACUUAUCAAUACCAUUAUGAUUUUAAAGGUUAAUGGACUAUGAUAUUUACAGACUUUCGGCUAUAUGUAUUUAUUAUUUCAUUGCUGUUGUUUAUUUUGUUUUUUUUUUUGUUCUUCAGUUUGCGAUUUCACAAAUAUUACAUCUUUAUCAAGCCACGUCACUGCCCCCUUGUGGGAUUUGAACGCUACAUCUUCACCCAAAAU